AUGUGUAAACAGGGAAUAAAAAAUGUAUGUUUCGUUUACUACUUUUUCAACAUAGCAUGCUCGCGGUAGCGCGAGCAACACUUUUCCGUUCAUUUUAGUCGGUUUUCUAUAUUUCGGGGAAGAGGUGUAAAAUUUCUGUUGGUGUAAAGUCAUCCAAAAUUUCUGUAUGGAUUAUUAUAAAGUUUUAUAAAUUAGAAAAAUUGGCAUAAAAAAGAAAGUUAUUUACAAAUUAUUUUCAUAUAUCUCGGUAUCGAAAAAAAUUCAAAAGUACGCUCUCCUCAAAGAGCCAAACGGAGGAACAUAAAAUAAAACGUAUUGGUAGAGAUGUUGAAAAUUGUAUAAUUGUUUUCUAGACAACCAUCAAAUCUUUGAGGUUUAACAUACGCAGCAAGUUUUAUUUUUGCGAUGACAUGAACAAAUUCCAUUGUAUUUAAUUGAUUGCUACGCUCUAUGUACGCCUAUAGUUACGGUUUAAAUGGUCAGAUUAAAAUAAAUAAAAGCAAUAUUAUUAGGUGAAAAAUUCCGAAUUACGCAAGGAUUCGCUAUAUAUAACUUAAGAAACGAAUUCAAUGAAGAAAGUGCGCUACUGGAAUGAGUUGCAGUCCUCCGAUCAGCUUCGAAGAAGUUUUUUGGUUUUUUGGCAACUUAGAAUUUUGAACCUUUUAACUGAAAAGAGCAUUUUGAAAAGAACAUCUUAAUUGAGCUUUAAAACAACUGGAAACAUUGUAUGUCAAGAAUAUUUUAAAACUUUUAAGAUCAACGACGAAUAUCAAGACGUUUCAAACUCAAGAUCAAACCGUUAAGAAAACAAUUUUUAAGAUAUAACUUUUUCGAUUUUCAUCAAAAUCUUAAGUGUGAAACCAAGAACAUCAAAUUUUUGAGCUGUUCGCAAGUUUAAUAACAAAAUUAAUCAACUGAAUAUUACGCAAAGAAAGGAAAGUUUAAUUGUGAAAUACCUAAUCGACAUAUUAAUACAAUAUGGGCGACGUUGAUCCUGAGACACUCUUAGAGUGGCUCUCUAUGGGACAAGGAGAUGAACGCGAUAUGCAGUUGAUUGCUCUCGAACAGCUAUGUAUGUUGUUGCUAAUGUCUGAUAAUGUUGAUCGCUGUUUCGAAAGUUGUCCUCCUCGCAGCUUUUUGCCUGCUUUGUGCAAAAUUUUUCUAGAUGAAUUAGCGCCAGAAAAUGUUUUGGAAGUAACAGCGCGAGCGAUAACUUAUUAUUUGGAUGUCUCAGCAGAAUGCACACGUCGUAUUGUUGCAAUUGAUGGUGCCAUUAAAGCAAUAUGCAAUCGAUUAGUAGUUGCAGAUCUAACAUCACGUACUUCUCGCGAUUUGGCCGAACAGUGUAUUAAAGUAUUAGAAUUGGUGUGCACCCGAGAAGCAGGUGCAGUUUUUGAAGGGGGUGGCCUCAAUUGUGUUUUGUCGUUUAUACGUGACUGUGGAUCACAAGUACAUAAAGACACACUGCAUUCAGCUAUGGCAGUUGUAUCACGCCUUUGCACAAAAGUUGAACCUAAUACACCCUGCAUACAAGACUGCGUUGAAAGUCUCAGUACUUUACUACAACAUGAAGAUCCCAUGGUCUCAGAUGGUGCCUUAAAAUGCUUUGCGUCAGUAGCUGAUCGUUUUACGCGCAAAUGGGUUGAUCCAGCUCCGCUUGCUGAAUAUGGUCUUGUGACGGAACUAUUAAAGCGUUUGGGGAAUGCAGCUGGUCAAAAUAAUAACACAACGAGCACUGUUGGAGGCACUACUCCUACAAAUACAGGUCCUACCACUUCUACUGGAAUAAGUGAGAAUAUAGCAAUUUCCACACCUGGAAAAUCUCAAACAUCAGAUACCCAACGCUCUUCCCAAUCGAUUUCUACAACUAUUUCUUUGUUAUCUACACUAUGCCGUGGCUCAGCUACUAUUACACAUGAAGUAUUACGUUCUCAAUUACCAGACGCUUUAGAGCGAGCACUUAAAGGCGAUGAGCGUUGCAUACUAGACUGUAUGCGAUUCGCUGAUUUACUAUUGUUACUUUUGUUUGAAGGACGUCAAGCGUUGACACGUUCGAGUACUACAAACGCACAGGGUCAAUUAACAUCACGUGUGCGUAGAGCAGAUAAUGCUGUAGAACGUACACAUCGUCAGUUAAUUGACUGCAUACGAUCAAAAGAUACUGAUGCAUUACAAGAAGCAAUUGAGUCUGGUAAUAUAGAUGUUAAUUGUAUGGAUGAUGUUGGACAAACAUUAUUAAAUUGGGCAUCAGCAUUCGGCACACUUGAAAUGGUUGAGUACUUAUGCGAGAAAGGAGCUGACGUUAACAAAGGCCAACGCAGUUCUUCAUUACAUUAUGCUGCUUGUUUUGGACGUCCGGGUAUCGCAAAAGUUUUACUUAAAUACGGUGCUUACCCAGAUCUUAGAGAUGAGGAUGGCAAAACACCAUUGGAUAAAGCUCGAGAGCGUUCUGAUGAUGGUCACAGAGAAGUUGCAGCUAUAUUGCAAUCACCAGGCGAAUGGAUGGCAGCAGGUCAUUCUCUUGUCAAUAAAAAUCGCAAUGAUGAUGGAACACCAGUUGAACCUCGUGGUGACCCUGAAAUGGCACCGGUAUAUCUUAAAUUCUUUUUACCAGUAUUUUGUCGUACUUUUCAAAGCACAAUGCUAAGCAGUGUACGUCGUGCAAGUUUGGGUCUCAUAAAAAAGUUAGUCCAAUAUGCACACGCAUCUAUAUUAAAAGGAUUAUGUGAACAACCUAAAUUGGACGUAAUUUGCGUAAAUAAAAAUGGACAAAAUGGACAAAACUUAGGUACACUGUUAGUCGAGGUAGUUGCCAGUGUCCUAGAUAAUGAGGAUGAUGACGACGGUCAUCUUGUUGUCUUAACUAUUAUUGAAGAACUUAUGUUAAAAACUCAGGAUGAAUUUCUUGAUCAAUUUGCGCGCUUAGGAGUAUUUUCGAAGGUCCAAAGUCUAAUGGACUCUAAUGUGGAAAUUGAUUUAUCUUCAACAAUAACAUCAUUACAUAGCGCGAAUACUAUUACGAAUACAACGAAUGAAGAACAUGCUACUACUAGUUCCUCAAGUGAACAACCACAACAAAGUACAGAUGAUCCAAUGGAUGAUGCUAAAGAAAUCCUACAAGGCAAAGCUUACCAUUGGCGUGAGUGGAGCAUAUGUCGUGGCCGUGAUUGUUUAUAUGUUUGGUCAGAUGCUGCAGCAUUGGAAUUAUCAAAUGGUUCCAAUGGCUGGUUUCGAUUUAUACUGGAUGGAAAAUUGGCUACCAUGUAUUCAAGCGGUAGUCCUGAAAAUGGAAAUGAUAGCUCAGGAAAAAGUCCACCCGUGGAUACAAGCUCAACAGAAGGUGAGAAAAAUCGUGGUGAGUUUUUGGAAAAAUUAAUUCGUGCACGUUCAGCGGUACGCGCGGGCACAUCAUCACAACCUAUACUACCAACAGUUAGCGUUUUGCGGUUGGUUGUUGGCAAUUGGGUUCUCCAAUCUCAAAAACCAAAUCAAUUACAAAUACAUAAUACCGAAGGUCAUCAGGUAACUAUAUUGCAAGAUGACUUGCCAGGUUUCAUUUUCGAAAGCAAUCGAGGCACGAAGCAUACAUUUACAGCUGAAACUACACUUGGUCCAGAUUUUGCUUCCGGUUGGUCGAUCAAUAAGAAGAAAAAAAUCAAAACCAAAACUGAAGUUCAACGUUCACAAGUUAAAACAAUUGCACGGGAAAUAUACAAUAAGUACUUUAAGGCUGCUCAAUUAGUACCACGGGGUGCUGUGGCGAAAUUGACAUCGAUUGUGAAAGAAAUCGAAAUUGCACUCGAAGAGCAACGAAUGGGUAACCAAACGAAUUGGCAGGAAAAAUUACGUAGUUCAUUAAAUCAACUGGGUCAAUUGUUACGAGAAGAUGGCGUGGUUAGUGCAUUUGAAAUGCACUCUUCUGGAUUAGUACAAGCUUUGGUAGCUGUACUAUCCAAAAACUAUUGGGAUAAUGGAUUGUCACGUAGUAAAAUAAAUAAAUUGCAAAAACAACGAAUUUCAAUAUUUAAGCAAUGUAUGCUUAAGGAUAGAGAUGAGGAAGAUAUUAAUAAGACAACCGCAAACAUUUUGGUACAAAAACUGGUAGCCGUUUUAGAAAGUACUGAAAAGUUGCCUGUUUAUGUUUAUGAUGCGCCUGGUACUGGUUACGGUCUCCAGAUACUAACUAAGCGUUUACGUUUUCGACUUGAAAGAGCAGCAUGUGAAACAUCACUUUUUGAUCGCACUGGUCGUACAUUAAAAAUGGAACCAUUAGCCACCAUUGGACAGUUGUCAAAAUAUUUGCUGAAAAUGGUAGCAAAACAAUGGUACGAUAUGGAUAGAUCUACUUUCCUAUAUUUAAAGAAACUACGUGAGCAUAAACAAGGUAUGGUAUUUAAGCAUCACUUUGAUUUUGAUGAAGAUGGAUUAAUAUAUUUUAUUGGAUCCAAUGGCAAAACAAGCGAUUGGGUCAAUCCGGCACAAUACGGUCUCGUACAAAUUACAAGUUCAGAAGGCAAAACAUUACCUUAUGGCAAGUUGGAAGAUAUUUUAUCACGUGAUUCGAUUUCUGUAAAUUGUCACACUAAGGACAACAAAAAAGCAUGGUUUGCUAUUGAUUUAGGAGUUUACAUUAUUCCAAACGCUUAUACCCUGCGACAUGCACGAGGAUAUGGUCGUUCAGCACUUCGAAAUUGGAUGCUUCAAGGAUCUAAGGAUGGUGUUACUUGGACAACACUGGUAACUCAUACUGAUGAUAAGAGUUUGGUUGAACCUGGUAGCACAUCUACAUGGCCAAUUGUUUGCGCACCAGAUGAAAAUCAAGGCUUUCGCCAUAUACGCAUACAACAAAAUGGACGAAACGCAUCUGGUCAAACACACUACCUUAGUUUAAGUGGUUUAGAAAUUUAUGGACGAAUUGUCAGUGUUUGCGAAGAUAUUGGUAAAGGUGCUAAAGAAGCUGAAGCCAAAAUACGAAGAGAACGCCGUCAAAUUCGAGCACAACUUAAACACAUAACUACAGGAGCUCGUGUCGUACGAGGUGUUGAUUGGCGUUGGGAUGACCAAGAUGGAUUAUGUGAAGGUACUGUUACUGGUGACAUUCACAAUGGUUGGAUUGAUGUGAAAUGGGAUCAUGGUGUUCGUAAUUCUUAUCGUAUGGGCGCUGAAGGAAAAUAUGAUAUAAAAUUAGCCAAUUGUGACAAUUUAUCAGUUUUAGAGGGUGGUAAUUCUAUAACUCCAUCCACCACUUCAAUCACUACAUCUACUUCUGCAAACAGCAGUAGCUCUGGCAUAAGUAUCAAUAAAAAAGAAAAAUCAGUUACGUUAACAUCACGAAAAUCUAGUUCCACUCCCUCAUUACCGGAAGCAACUGAAAUAAAUCGUAAUACUGAUGGACCAACAGAUCAAGCAGCCUCAGCUGAUAAUUUAGCAUGGAAACAAGCUGUUGAAGCUAUUACCGAAAAUGUCUUCUCAUCUGCAAAGUCCCAAAUCCUAACAAAUACUUCUUCAUCAGGCAUCAAAGAAGAUAGCCAAACGAAUGUCAAGGGUGGCCAUUCAACAGGUUGCGUAAUGUCUUCAACUUUGGUACGUGAUCGGGAAAAUAUAUCUGACUUGUCAGCAAUUAACAAUUCAAUGCAAGCCAUCAAUACUAAUGCUCCGGAUUUGGCUACAAUUACUGAAAAUCAAACUCUAAACGAUAUUGCAACAUCUUCUUCUAAUGUAAGCAUAUCAUCCGACAUUUCUAUUAGCAGUUCAAACAAUUCUAAAAACGGUUUAAGCUUUAUAUUUGGCUCGUUAGCCUCAAGUAUUUCGGCAACUUCCACUGUACCAACUACUACAACCACUUCGACCGCUAGUUUAAUACGGAAAGUUUCACAAGGUGAUGAAACUAAGUCAACAAACAUAGAAGCUAACAAUAAAAUGAACGCUAAUAACAGUGUCAAUAGUUUGAGUAAAGGAUUGCUUGUGAAUUUAAGAUCAAAUUCUGCAAGUCAACGUGUAAACCAAUUCUCUUCAGAUACCAUAGAUAUGAUCGAUAAAAUGCGGGAUGGUGUAGACAUGAUACGCAACACAACCAACAAUUUACUUUCAUCUGAAAUUUUACCAUUGCCAAGUGUAAAAUUAUCAGCACCAAAAGCUGAAGUAGAGCAAACGAGUACUCUAUCUGAAACUGAUAGCCUUACUUCAUUGGAAAGUGUGUCGACUGAUACAUUGAGAAGUAUAAGUGCAUCUGUACAUCAGUCAAUAAAAAGAACAAAUAUGAAUAAAUUAAAUUCUCAUGAUGACUACAAAGACGGAGUACCUUCUUGCUCCGAUGCAAUGCGUGAACAAACAGAAUCUCGUAAAAAACAAUCUUUAGCUACAAACGUUAUUUUGGCUCCAACAACUUUAGUGCAUUCAGCAGACACACCACAACAAAGUAAUUCAGAUAUUGCUGUAUCGACAGCAACUUCACUUUCUGGUACUAAUGUCAGUGUUUCCGUCUCCAAUCAAAUGAGUGUAAGUGUACCAAAUCUUACAACUAGCUCAGCUUCAGAAACACCAUCACAAACAGAACCGUCUGCACAUAGCGGACUUUUAGAAACAUUUGCAGCAAUGGCUCGAAGACGUACUUCGCAAGGCACAACUAUACAAAACAACCAAAUGAUUAAUAGCAACAUGAAUAGUAACGAACGAAAUAAUCAAAAUUCUGGAACGUGUUCAUUCUUUCCACGUGGACCAAAUUCAGUGACGAGCUUAGUGAAAUUAGCAUUAUCUAGCAAUUUUCAUUCGGGAUUACUAAGCACUGCUCAAAGUUAUCCAAGUUUAUCGUCUAACAAUUCAUCAAAUACAACCGUAGCGGCAGGUGGUUCGAACACCGGAGCAAGUGCGACUAGCCAGCAAGUUCAUGCUUCAAUUAAUCCUGCUCUCACCAUGAGUUUGACAUCUACUUCAAGCGAUAGUGAACAAGUUUCAUUGGAAGAUUUUCUUGAGAGUUGUCGUGCUCCGACACUACUUGGUGAUAUGGAUGAUGACGACGACAUGGAUGAAGACAACGACGAUGAGGAAAAUGAAGAUGAAUAUGAAGAAGUUGGUAAUACUUUGUUACAAGUAAUGGUAUCACGGAAUUUACUUACAUUUAUGGAUGAUGAAACUCUUGAAAAUCGUUUAGCAAAUGUGGGAAAACGUAAGUCUUGGGAUGAUGAGUUCGUUUUAAAACGACAGUUUUCAGCUUUAAUUCCUGCGUUUGAUCCUCGACCUGGACGUACAAAUGUUAAUCAAACAUCUGAUUUAGAAAUACCUGUCCCAGGCACCAGCGCAACUGCGCCACGUGCAAAUGAGCAAACCACAAUUCAGCAACCAAUUCUUGCGUUAACUUUACGUGGUCCUGGUAUUGGAGGAGUACCAGAAGUUGAAAUUGAACUGUCACAAAAUGAUUGGACCAUAUUUCGAGCAGUCCAGGAAUUGCUUCAGUCAUCUCAAUUAACCAAAACUGAGAAAUUCCGUAAAGCUUGGGAACCAACAUACACUAUUGUAUAUCGUGAAAUUUUACCCCAGGAAACAGCUAAUACUGAUGCCGAUGAUGGACCUAAUACACCGAUAAUUUCUUCUAAGAGUGGUGCUUCCACUUUAUCUCCUAACUCACCAAUGCGUGGUGAAUUUACAACAUCUGAAAACGUGACGUGUACUGUAGAUGAUGUACUGCAAUUAUUAAGUCAACUAAAUGCACUUAACCAAAGAGACAGUAACGACUUAUUGGGUAUCGAAGCUGUGCUGCCGCCAGAAGCAUUUAUGAGUAAAAAGCUCACUAAUAAGCUACAACAACAAAUACAGGAUCCUUUGGUUCUCGCAAGCAACGCAUUACCUAAUUGGUGCGAAGAUCUCAAUCAAUCAUGCCCCUUCCUAUUUCCGUUCGAAACUCGCCAAGCCUAUUUUAAUUUUACAGCUUUUGGUGCAUCACGCAGUAUUGUCUGUUUGCAAUCUCAACGUGAUGUUACAAUAGAACGCACACGUAUGCCUGGUUUAAGCCCACGACGUGAAGAACACCAUGAGUUCCGUGUUGGUCGAUUGAAACACGAACGCGUUAAAGUACCACGCACUGAUAAAUUGCUUGAAUGGGCAAUACAAGUGAUGAAGGUUCAUUGUAACCGUAAAUCCGUGCUUGAAGUUGAGUUUGUUGGUGAGGAGGGUACCGGCUUAGGACCAACUCUUGAGUUUUAUGCACUUGUUGCCUCUGAAAUUCAACGCAAAGACUUGUGUAUGUGGCUGUGUGACGAUGAAAAUGGCGAAGAAUUUUUAAUAAUGCCUGAAGUUGGAAGCGGAGAAUCGCCCGAUUAUCAGAGCGAAGUCAAGCCUGUUGGUUAUUAUGUUAAUCGCAGAGAACAUGGAUUGUUUCCAGCACCACUUCCUCAGCAGUCUGAAAUAUGUGAUCAUGUAUCUAAAUAUUUUUGGUUCCUUGGCGUGUUUAUUGCCAAAGUUUUGCAAGACAUGCGACUAGUUGACUUACCUUUAUCUAAUGCGUUCCUAAAGCUGCUUUGUCAUAAUAAAGUCCUGUCAAAUGGAGUACACCAAAUACAAAGUACUACUGCAACUGAAGACCUUAUGGCAACUUCUGUAAUAUCAGAAGACUCUGAAUUAGCAGAUACUUGCUCAAAAUUACUUAGUAUUGAUUAUAAUCAAAGAAGCUGGUACGAUGGCGUGCUAACGUACGAAAAUUUAUUAGAAAUUGAUCCAUUACGAUAUGAGUUUAUUAAGGAACUACAAGAACUAUUAUCCCGCAAACAAGCUAUUGAAUGUGAAGUUAAUUUAACUAACGAAGAAAAGAAUGAACAAAUUCAUGCACUUAAGUUGCGUACCAAACUUAAUGCUGAAGUUGAUUUAGAAGAUCUUGCCUUGACAUUUACAUAUUUACCCGGUUCACACAUAUAUGGUUUAAAUAGUAUGGAACUAAUUCCGAAUGGAGCUAAUAUUGAUGUGAACAUAGACAAUUUAGAGGAAUACUGCGAUACUUUGAUCAGUUUUAUUCUUCAAGAUGGCAUUGCAAAGCAGUUAGAUGCGUUUCAUCGUGGUUUUUGUGAAGUUUUUCCAUUAAAUAAGUUAGCGGCAUUUAGUCCUACGGAGGCACGUUUGAUGAUUUGUGGUGAACAACAUCCACAAUGGACACGAGAUGAUUUACUGAAUUAUACAGAACCUAAACUUGGGUACAAUAAAGACAGCCCUGGAUUUUUACGUUUUGUUAAUGUAUUAAUGAGUAUGACUGGUCCAGAACGAAAGGCAUUCUUACAAUUUACUACAGGUUGUAGUAGUUUACCACCAGGUGGUUUAGUAAAUUUGCAUCCCCGUCUAACGGUGGUACGAAAAGUGGACGCAGGCGAAGGCAGUUAUCCUUCAGUAAACACUUGUGUACAUUAUUUGAAGUUACCAGAUUAUCCAACCGAAGAAAUUAUGAAAGAACGUUUAUUAACGGCUACUAAAGAAAAAGGAUUCCACUUAAAUUAAAACUAUUUUCAGUUCAUCUAAUUAUUACUAUAUAAGUUAAUUCUAAAUUUUUGGUUACUAUGCAUUUCAUUUCAAGUAUAAAAUCGAUCAACAAUUUCAAUAUAUUUUUAACUGCUAAAAGUAUCUUAAGUUAUAAGUAGCAUUGUUUUUAUUUAAUAAUACGGCUACUCAAAUAUGUAAUACAAAUAUUAUUGUUAAAAUUAAGAGAUAUAGCACAUGUUCAAUAUUAUAAAACUAAAUUCUGUAGCGACAUAUCUUUAUCUAAACCAAAAAGCAAACCAUGCAACGUACUAAAAACCUAAAAUUCUAAGUAAAUAAAAUUUCAAGAUAAUUUAAAUUCAAUGUAAAUAAUGCCAACAAAAUUAAAGUUAUACUUAUAAUUAUAUUUAUUUCAUUUCUGUUAACAAUAAAAUUUAAAAGUUAUAAUCUAAUCUUGUUGAGAUGAGCGACUUUUUAUGAUAAGGUAUUGAAAUUUCUGCAUUAGUUGAAAAAUAUAUUAGAAAUUGUUUGAAUGCGCUAAAAAUGGCUUUGAGUUUUAGAUGUCGUUUUUACACUGGCGACUUAGAAAAUAUUUAUUUUAAAGAAUAAAAAAUAUAAAAUUCUUUCCUACGAAAUAUAAAUCACUUUUAUACUAAAUACAUACUACAAUACUAAACAACAAAAGAUAGUACCAGAAAUAUUUAUAAAAAAAAUCUCUAUUAAAAAUAAAAUUUGUUUGUCAACCUUUUUAUAAAGAGUGAAAAUAAGAGAAAAUCAUUAACUAAAGCAUAAAAUACAAAGUAUAGUUACAUAUAU